ACGAACCCCGACCAAUCAGCGCAGAGUGCGAGCAGCCCAUCUCCCGCAUGCGCUGCGUCGCUGCUCACAAAUCCACCGGCAGGAACGUCACAGAACCGCAGAGAAAGACACCUAUGGGUGGUGUCAUUUGUAAUCUGUUCUCAACAGGCGCAGCGCGUCUUCCCUCGCGAGUUGUUUUCGGUACCACCCGUAACUUUGCGGUUGCUAUGGCUGCGAGUUCACGCGAGGCUCCCGCGGCAGAGAGGGAAGUGACGACGGGGGCUGUUGUUGGGACACGUGACCAGAGCUGCGCUGAUCUGUUUUGACAAGCAGCAGGGGGGGGGGGGGAGACAGACAGAGAGGGAGAGGUGAGGAGGGGAGGAAGCAGAUUGCGAGCAUCACGACCCCGGGACGACUCUCUGCUCCUUUCGUCUAACUCCAUGCCGUCCGAAUAACGUCAGUAUCGAACUAUUCGUGUAGUCUCAGCGGUCAACUGGUCUGUCAGCGAGAGAUUAGCAUCUGCUACCCAGCAGGCUCGAGGGGGGCGAGGGAAGGAGUUCGGCUGUUUGUUGUUGCUUUAAGAAAAAGUUGUAAUGAAGAUCGCGAAAGGAAGUCAGCACAGGUGGCGUUUGUAACGUUCACUAGAUGGAGACUAACCGAAGGCUGGGGAUGGAUAGAAUGGGUAUCCUAUCCGUGUGAUAUCACCGCGUUACUUUUUUGUCAACAUGUUCUCGUCGUAGCAACAAGAGCAACAAAAACAACAACAACAACAACAACAACAAAAAAGACUAGAGAAAGAACAAAAAAUAGCGGGGUUGGUAUUUUUUUUAGCUAAGCUGUGGCUAAAUGCGCUGCAUCUCAGGAUGUUUGCGAGGUUGACGUCACCAGCGGACGCUUGACCGAAUAGCGACACUUUAAGUUAGUGAUUCGUCGUUUGCUGUCUAGCUCGCGCCGCAGACAACUCGUUGUCCCGGUGAAGAGACGACAGACCGAGAGACAGACAGACAGACAGACAGACGGAGACAGAGACAGAGCGGGGUGGAGAGCGUUUUUUUUUAAGUUGGUGGAAUUUGUUCGAGGUUAGCCAGCUCGCCUACUUGACGUUAAAUUACUCCGUCACCUGAACGCUAAUCGGCUAUCAGCUGUCUUUUGUGCGAGUCAGUCGGACGACUCGAUGGCAGCGCACGGUGGAAGCAUGCUAACAAAGCGAUGCUUUGUUGUUGGAUAGGUGGUGGGGAAGGGGGGGUUUGUGUGUGUGUGUGUGUGUGUGUGCGUGUGCGUGUGUGUGGAGGCGUGGUGGGUAUGGGCAAAAGCUGGCACCGACACGCGCGCACACACGGGCGUCGAAGCUGAUAUUAUUGCUUAGCUAACACAGCAGGUCUCAGUCACUGAGGUGGGGGGGAGAGAGGAAGCUUGGGGCCGAGAGAGAGAGAGAGAGAGACGACGGAGAAGACCCAACAAGAGCGACCCGAAGGCCACCUGAUGACACUGAACAACAUGAAGUCGGAGCGAGCGGCUCUUGUUUUGACAGUCUCUUGCACGAGGCUGCUGCAGAGUGCUCUUGACGCCCACCCUGUUGUGGACAGCGGGCUCCUUGCCGUAUGCUCUGCAACCUGUUUACACGCCGCUGUGUCUGCAGCAGGAGAUGCAACGGAGGAUUUUUUCGAGUACGACGCCGAGGAGUUCCUGGUGUUCCUAACCUUGCUCAUCACAGAAGGAAGGACGCCGGAACAUUCCGUGAAGGGCAGAACAGAGGGGCUGCACUGUCCACCGGCCCAGUCGGCCAUGCCGCCUCUUCACAAGCACGAGUGCUGCGACAAACUUCCCCAGUGUCGGCAAGCAAGGCGCACUCGUUCAGAGGUGAUCCUGCUUUGGAGGAACAGCAUCCCCAUCAUGAUCGAGGUCAUGCUCCUGCCAGACUGUUGCUACGGUGACGAGUGCCCCCCGAGUGACCCCAUCAGUGACCCGAUCAUCAAACAAGACGCUUUGCUGCUGGAGAGAUGGACCCUGCAGCCAGUUCCAAGACAGAGCGGCGAUCGCUUCAUUGAGGAGAAGACGCUGCUGUUGGCUAUUCGCUCGUACGUCUUCUUCUCUCAGCUCAGCGCUUGGCUCAGCGCCUCCCAUGGUGUCGUCCCAAGAAACAUCCUGUACAGGAUCAGUGCUGCCGAUGAGGAGUUGGUGUGGCAGUUCUCCCAGCCUCCUUCUGAACACAUUUUCCCGGUCCCGAAUGUUUCCCAGAGUGUCGCCCUGCAAGUUCGUGUCCAGUCGCUGCCACGCCAACCCACCUAUCCCACCCUGGCCUGCAGCAUCCACACCGGCCUUCCUCCACUUUACAGCAAGACCACCAGCCUCAACCCGAACCUCAACAGCCAUGGUGGCCUGCCCACCCACAAAAAGAGCCAGGACCCCAGCAAAGACGACUUUCUUUACAACUCAAACCUAUUCAGCAAGAGCUCCAACUCCAUGCCUGGCUUUCCCCUCAACGGAUUACCCAUUCCUAAUCUACCCAUCAACGACAUCCCCAUUAACAGCCUUGCCCACGCUGCUGCUCCCUCUCCUUACAGCAAGACGGCUCAGGAGCCAGGCGAGGACCACGCGUAUCAGAAUGGAGAGCUUCCGCAGGUCAACAGCCCCCAACUUCAGGGCUCCCCACGGUUCCACAGGUCCUCUCCCUCCCCCACGCCGCCCCGCUCCCACUCCCCCUCUGCACUUCCCACAAGCAAGGCUGGGAAGUGGCUGUACUCGGCUUUGAAUGGUUCAUCUGACCCCGCACCCGUAGAGGAUUAUUGCUCUGGCACCAACGGCAGUGAUAGGUCAAAGAGGUCCAUCCCUGAGCCCCUGAGAGCUUUUAAGAAUUUCUCCUUGGCUGAGCCGCCACGUUGCCCCUCCCCGAGGUCUGCAAACGAAACAAACCCACUGAUUGGCUCGCUGCUGCAAGAGAGACAGGAAGUAAUUGCCCGUAUCGCGCAGAGGCUCAACUUCUGCGACCCCACAGCACCGCCACUACCCCAUGGCCUUUUCGCUCCUGACAACCCUCCCAAAGCCAUGUGGGGCAGUAACCCCGACGACGUAACUGCCAGUAAGACCAAAGAGCCCGAGGCUCCGCCCUACGAGUCCGUGGGACGCGUGUGGCCCGGCCACUUCAACACCCCCAUGACAGACGCCUCUUUCGGCAAACGGGAGAGCUCCUCCCCUAAACCUGCAGCAUGCAGGAAGCUGAGAAUGACCGAGACGAGAGAUGCAGAGGACGAGAAAGAGAAGAAGGAAAAGAACGGGGAGAGCGACGGCUCCCUGAUCGCGCAGGCAGUGCAAGACAUAACUAGACUCAUCCAGGAGAGACUGUCCGUCCCUUCCCUGUCCCCGAGGCCCGGCAGGAGCGGCGGCCUGCUGCACCACACGCACACAACCACGGUCACGCACACGGUCCGCACAUACUCGCCCGCCCCACGCGCCCCACGAGCCCCGGACGCCGCCACCGACGGCUACACCAACGGCCACGCGCCCGGCCGCCAUGAAACCCACCGAGGCGGCGUUCCCCCCUCCGCCGCCGCACUCGCACUCAUUUGCACAGACGAGCCCCGGGGCGAACCGGGGGCCGCACGCCAUUCUCCCAGGGCCCAAAACGGUGCUCACUUUACACUUGAAGAACCCUCAUUCAAAGGCCAGUCCCGCGUCCGGGCUGGUCCUCGUUUACGAACUCCGCCGCAGGAAAAGCUCGCCAUCAGGAUCCCCAGCAGCCACGAAACCCCUUCUGCCUCCCACGCCGCUGAGAACAGCCCAUGGAAUGCCCGGGUCUUCAAUAGGACUUGCAAUGAGGCCGGCCCGGCCACGAACUGUAACGUAAGCCGCAACCACAUCCAGCCUCAGCCUCAGCCUGAGCGCGAGAUGCAGAUGUGUGCACCGGCCCAGGCGGAUGAGAACCAGGCGCCCUCGUUGUCUGGCUGCUCCAUCACUCCCGGUCCAGACGUGUCUCCCCCUUCUGCUGUCCUGCGAGAUCACAGCCCAUCUCCACUUCGGCCCUGUAACACCUGGAAGAAACAGAAUCGCCACUCGUUGGAUGUGACAGCGACCAAAGCCUUCCAUCCCUGUACCGGCCUGCCUCUGCUCUCCAGCCCUGUUCCUCAGAGGAAGAACCAAACGGGCUACUUUGAUCUGGACACCUCUCUGGCCGGCUGUAAGGGCUUGCCUUGGGCCUACGGGAAAAGGGUGUGUGCAAAGAGAGAGGGGUACACAGAGGAGCAGCUGUUUAGUGCCAGCGCUCCACCUGCUAGUCUCAGUCUGCUGGGGAACUUUGAGGAGUGUGUGCUGAACUACCGCCUGGAGCCUUUAGGGUUAGUGGAGGGUUUCACAGCAGAGGUUGGAGCCAGCGGCUCCUUCUGCCCCAGUCACCUGACCUUACCUGUGGAGGUGUCCUUCUACAGUGUAUCCGAUGACAACGCUCCCUCACCAUACAUGGGCGUGAUCAAUCUGGAGCCCCUGGGGAAAAGGGGCUACCGUGUACCUUCAUCAGGAACCAUUCAAGUGACCUUAUUCAAUCCCAACAAGACAGUGGUGAAGAUGUUUGUUGUGAUGUACGACCUACGAGCCAUGCCCGCUGGACAGCAGACCUUCCUGCGCCAGAGGACCUUCUCUGUUCCCGUCCGCCGUGACACCAACAAUCACAGCAGCAGGAAGCCCCUCGGCCAGGGACGCACCCUCCGCUACCUCGUUCAUCUGAGGUUCCACAGUUCCAAGUCUGGGAAGAUCUACCUCCAUAGGGACAUCCGUCUGCUGUUUUCCAGGAAGUCCAUGGAGGUGGACAGUGGAGCUGCCUACGAGCUCCAGUCCACUACAGACUCCCCCAUUGACCCACCAUUCUCUCCCCGCUGCUGAGACAGAACCCUGCCCCCCCCCCCCCCCCCCUCUCCCGCGGGCCGCCAACUACUGAAGCUGCAAUAGCAACUUGAUGCCAGAGAAAGACCUUUACGCAAACCCGUGGCUAAAUAAACUGCUCUAAAAGAGAAUUUAAGAUCUGCAGUCAACAAGACUCACCUGGCAUGUGCCCAACAUGUUAUGUGUCAUCCCUGCUGUCCCCAGAACUGAAAAGGGCGCAGGGUUGGAAACGGUGUUCUUUGUUCACUGCAUUAAAAAGGUUGGGUCAUAGGUAACAGGUUCUUCUGGUUAAGACGGCCUUACCCGGAUUGGUCAUUUUUUUUUCCUGCUGUUUUGUGUAUCGCCUCCAGCGUCUGGCAGGAGAGAAGAGACCAGUGAUGGUCUCAAGAAGCUGUUAGAGACUUAAAAUAUUUCAGCAGCAUUUAGGCUACUUUUCUCAAAUACAAAUGUUAAUUGGACCUUUAUUGAACACGAUGAAUUAGUGUUCAGUCGCAAGUAAUUUAGCUCUAAAUUCACUACGAGGGCCUCAAAUGGUAAGAAAUGUUUGACAUCCUUGAAAAGCAGAUUGACCUGGAAAUAAACCCUGUGAUUCCUGAGCUCGGAGCAGAGAAUGGAAGAGGAGGCGGCCGGCUGACCGUGGUGCAACAUCCUCCGCUCGUCCAAAAGAAAAACAUGCCAUGGAUCACUGAAGAAGUUGAUCAAGCAAUCAAGCUCCAUCACAGCAAAACAUCAAACGUGCACUGUGGAUUUUUCUUUUCUCAUUAUAACUGGAAAUUAAACUGAAAAUAGUAAUAUUCUAAUACUUUUGUACUGUUACAGAGCCACUUUAUUGGAAGUGUUGCAAUAGAAAGAGUAAUCUUAGUAUAGUGUUUACACAUUCACUUUCAAUUUACUUAUCAGUUUAUUUAAUAUUUAAAUUAAUAUUUCAGUUACUACUUGUGACGUCUGUCAUGCUAAGAUGAUGUAGUGCAAACUGUCUAUCAUAGUAUGUAUUUUUGACAUUAUUAUUCAAAUCUGAAAAAAAUAUAUAUCUUCUAAAGC